CCUCCUCCAGGUUCGGGUGGAGUUCUUCUUGUCUUGUGUUUUUACCUGGACUGACUCUCUCUCUCUCUCUCUGUGGCGGAGCACACACACACACACACACACGGACUCAUUCACGGUUUCAACCAUGCACUUAUAAACGGACAGUUUUGUCUUGAGUGCUGUUCACGGACCUCACACAGGUAUGAGUCACCCGCCCCGUUCAAACCGGGGACACCGGGAGAGAAACGGGGAUCACCGGGAGAGAAACGGGGACCACCGACAUUACCGGGACGAUGACAGACGUCCAUCACCCGACACUGACAGGUCGGCCUCCUCUCGACCUCCAUAUUACCCCAGAGAGGCAGACUCGGCUCCCAAACAUGUGCGGGACGUCCCCAGAGUGAAACAGCAGGACUCUAAAUGCACACACAUGUGCUCCAGGAGAGGCAUCGUGCUGAUCUGCGCCGUGUUGACCAACGCUCUGGUGCUGAUCUGUGUGGUGGCCGCUCAGAUGGUGUCGUCGGGCAUGACCUCCGCCGCCAACAUGGGCGGCUUCAACAUCAACUCCAACUUCAACCUGCAGGGCACCGAGCUGCAGAAAGCCCGGGAGCUGGACAUGCAGUACAGCCAGAUGAGGGCGCCGGGGAUUUACGGCGGCAUCGCCUUCAGCCUGACCUUCGGUGUCGUCUCGCUGCUGUUCGUGGUCUCCGGGAACAAACCCGCGCACCUGAUGUCGAGGAAGCUUCUGGUCGGAGCGCUGGUGUUCCAGGCUGUGGGCGCGGCAGGGUACGUGGUGGCCGUCGGCCUCUACCUGCACUUCAUCAUCGGCGUGAACGCCACAGAUAUUUGCCAGCAGCGGGAGCGGCUGUACGCGCGCAGCGGCUACACCUGGAUGAAUUGUGACGUUGGCGGGGCGGACGCGGCCGUGGCUCUGUUCGGCCUCAUCACGGCCAUCCUGUACGCGGCCGGCGCCGUGCUCACCGUCAACACCAUCCGAGGCGUGAGGCGGUACCUGCAGGAGCGGAAACGCAGGGAGGCAGAGAGACCCAGGGGCCCGCUGAGGGCUGCAACCAGCGCCGUGUGAGCUGGGACUGUGCACAUCUGGAGUCUGUUCAUGGAUUCCCAUAUUCUGUGAUCAUACAGCUGAUCACCAUGGAAACCUCUCACUCCCUGCUCACUUUUUACAUCAGAUGUAAAACAUCUGUGUUGUUAUGAACAAAACUACUCACAGAUGGCAGACUGCUCAUGACCUACAUCACAAUACAGCCGUAUCUGAAACACUUAUUUUUUUUAAACAAGAGUUUAGAAGAGAUAUUUCACUUCAUUUUAUGACAUUCUUUAAAAACCAACCAUUGUCAUUGUUCUCAAGAGAAAUAAUCCACACCCUGUCGCCCACACAGUGAAUAAAGUCAAUUCCUUUUUCUUUUUUUUAACUUUUGUGGUUUGACCUUUUCUGUGUGACCUCACUGGACUUCUAACAAGGUCACAUGGCACUGUUAUUUUUCAAGUUAAAGGUUUUUAACUCAUGUGAAUUAAUGUGUUUUAUACAUAUUUUAUUAUUCGAUGUUUAUAAUGUAAAGAUGAUUUUGAUUUGAAUGUUUUGUCUGCUCAAAAUUAAACUUCCACCACUGUGACUUUUCAGCUCAA